GUGCCUUGUUGGGUUGGGUGCCAGGCUCUCUCUCUCUCUCUACACAAUGCUGGAUGAUGUAUGUCUCCCACCACAAGAGUCCUGUCCUGGGAAAUCCUCUCUGCAGUCUGUGUCUCGCCCCUGUGCUGGGUAAGCUUUACCCCUCUCUGCUCUGCUCCAUCUCCCCACCUUAAGUCCUGACAAUGUGGAAGAGCAGUGCCCUGGGGUUCAGACUGACCAUUCUCGCCCUGUUUGGUUGUUGGGCUAACGUGGCUGCCCUGACCUGCCAUCCGGACUGUAUCUGUGCCAGUAACAUUGUCAGCUGCUCCAAGAAGGAGCUCGUAGCCAUCCCCAACUCCAUCCCGGAGUACACCGCCAUCCUGGACCUCAGCUACAACAGCCUGAGCCGCCUGCGGGCAGAGUGGACCUCUGUCCACCUCAACAAGCUCCACACAUUGUUCUUCAGCCACAACGGCCUGAUCUUCAUCUCCGAGGAGGCCUUCUCUCGGGUGCUGCACCUCAGAUACCUGGACCUGUCCUCCAACAAGCUGCGAACAUUGGAGGAGUUGCACUUCCAUGAGCUGGAAGAGCUGGAGGUGUUGUUGCUUUACAACAACCAGAUCUCACAGAUUGACAAGACAGCCUUUGAGGGGACGUCUAAGCUGCAGAAACUCUACCUGAGCCAAAACCAGAUCUCCCGCUUCCCCCUGGAGCUGGUCGUGAAGAAGACGAGGUCUCCUGAGCUGGAGCUGUUGGAUGUUUCUGGCAACAAGAUCAAAUCACUGCCAAUCGCGGAGCUGAACUCCCUGCCAGCCUUCCUCAAGAAUUCUCUGUACCUGCAUGACAACCCACUGCUGUGUGACUGCCCGCUCUAUCUCCUGCUCACCCAAUGGCACGCUCGCCAGCUCAACUCUGCUGUGGACUUCAGGGACGAAUUCCAGUGUGUCCUUCCCCUCAACCACAAGCUGUCCAUCCGCCUCUUCAACCUGCAGAGCGACUACAUGAACUGCAGUGUCCCGAACGAUUCAGAACUGGAAGCUUUCCUGGAAGAUACCCUCACCAUCCACUGUGAUACCAAGCUGAGGAACAUGACCAAGGUCUGGAUGACUCCCAGCAAUGAGACCAUCCAGGCUGGGCAAGGCAACCAGAGUGCCCAAGUCCUGCCCAAUGGUAGCCUGCAGCUCAGGGAGCUGAGACCUGAGGACUCGGGCACCUACACCUGCUUUGCCAUCAGCAGUCACUUCAACGAGACCAUCUCUGUCCAACUCAAGGUCCACAACUCCUCGGCCAUCGUUGGCUACGAGGGGUUAAACACGGCCUACACCACCCUGGUGGGUUGUGUGGCCAGCGUAGUGCUGGUUCUCAUCUAUCUAUACCUCACCCCCUGCCACUGCUGGUGCAGGAAGAAGGCUGAGACACAGCAGGAGGAGAGCAUCCAUUCCUCCUCACUCAGCACCACCCCAACACACCAGGCCGAGGCCGAGAAGGAGGCCCUGGAUAUGCGGGUGGCCUUCAUAGACCCGGCCAGGUGCGGCCUGGGGCAGAAUGGCAAAGUGCAGCCCAACGCCGUGGAGCAAUUUGAGGACAAAAGAUUGUCAGCGACUUCCAGAAAGAAAUCUGACUCCGAGUCCUUCAGCACCGUGCUCCUGGACUCUCCUGUUGUAGUGUAAUAAUUUAGUAAGUACCCAGGUGAGGGGAGAGAGAGGGAGGGGGCUGGGGGAGAGAGGGCGGGGUAAAUG